GCCCAUAACGAAUAUCACAACCCGCAGCUGCGCAUGCGCGGACGAGGACAGGCUUCAUCGUGUCCUGGUAUUGACAGCGUGUCCCGGAAGUGAGCUGUAAAGGAUUCCGGAAGAAGGGAGAGAAUGCUGCGGCAGGACAGCAAUGAUGAGACAGAAGAUGUUUCCCUGUUUGAUGCUGAAGAUGAAGGAACUAAGGCUGCAAAAAAGAAAAAGAUAAGGCACCCCAUUGCUUCGUUUUUCCAUCUGUUUUUCCGGAUCAGCGCAAUCUUGGUAUACAUGCUCUCUGGGUUUAGCAGCAGUUUCAUCGCCUGCAUGGUGACCAUCAUUUUGCUCUUGUCCUGUGACUUCUGGGUUGUGAAGAACAUAACAGGAAGGCUGAUGGUGGGGCUGCGGUGGUGGAACCAGGUGGAUGAUGAUGGAAAGAGUCACUGGGUGUAUGAAUCCAGGAAGGCAGCUCAAGAAAAGAAAUCCAGCUCUGAAGCAGAGUCCCGGAUCUUCUGGUUAGGGCUCAUUACCUGCCCCAUCAUUUGGGUGAUCCUCGCCUUCAGCUCACUCUUAUCCUUUAAUUUGAAAUGGCUGGCUGUAGUUAUCAUGGGCGUGACACUUCAGGGUGCAAAUCUGUAUGGUUAUAUCAAGUGCAAAGUUGGCAGUCGCAAGAAUCUCACCAGCAUUGCUACCAAUUACUUUGGGACCCAGUUCCUCAGACAGACUUUUUCCAGAGAGAACCAAGCUGAAUCCUGAAUACCUUCCCUACAUGGACUUCGUUUUAUUUAAUUUCCUCUGGUGGAAAGUAUUUUUGAGCAAAACUCAGACCUGAAAUCUUCCUUUUAAAUCAUUUUUGUGCUGCUUUUGCCGAUUGCAGUUUGUUCGGUUCAUACUGGGGGCUGUUGCUCACGGACACAUAGGGGGGAAUUCACAAAAGUGUCGGAAACGAAAAAAUGUCUUUAAAAUGUCGUAGAAAGUGUCGUAGCAACAGCCGACAAAUUCACAGAGCAUUUCUCCGCCAAUUUUCCAACAUGUGCGACACUUUUGAAUUAGUGUCGUUAAAAGUGGGCGUGGUUUUUUCGGCGCCACUUUUCCCGACAUUUUUAUGAAUUACUCGUAAACUCAUUCUUUUUACCGACAAUUUUUCAGACACUUUAGGCUCUCCAAAAUGAAAAUGUCAGACAAAUUGUCGUUUAAAAAGUCUUGGUAAAUGUCGUUUGUACGAUGAAAAGAUAUACGACAUUUUAGAAAAUUGUCAGACUUACGAGACAUUCAGAGAUGGUAACAUCUGCCUUUGUGAAUUUGCCGUUUGUACGACAUUUUACAAAUUUGUCGACCGCCACUUCUGGGUUACUUUUUUUACCGACACUUUUGUGAAUUCCCCCCAUAGAGGGACUUGGACAUCAUCCGGAGUGAUGAUCCCUGGGACAAAGUUAAAAUAAAUCACACUAAUCUGCAGCUCUGGCCUUAACUCCUUUUUUACUGUUAACAUUUUAUCUACAGAAGCGCAACUGUUGUUAAGUCUUUCUUCCUUGGCUAGGAGUGUAAAUAUGUAUUUAUGGAUAUUGGGGAUGUGCAACACGUCAUGGCGAGUGGGGAAUAAAGGAUAUUUCUUAAUCUUU